UUUUGUGUUGUGGAGCACACUUCUUCACUUGACAUCGUCGACACAUGGCGAUGGUGAUGUCCAGUGGUCUUGUCGUCGUCGUCCUCCUGGCCGUCGCCUGCGAUGGCGCCGGCGAGCUGCCGCCGGCGAUCAGCCGGAGAAGCUUCCCCAAGGGGUUCAUCUUCGGGACGUCCUCGUCGUCCUAUCAGUACGAGGGUGGCGCCGCGGAGGGGGGCAGAGGACCAAGCAUCUGGGACACCUUCACGCAUCAGCAUCCAGAAAAAAUCGCUGAUAAAAGCAACGGGGAUGUGGCUGACAACACCUACCAUCUCUACAAGGAAGAUGUGCGCAUGAUGAAGGAGCUGGGAAUGGAUGCAUACAGGUUCUCCAUCUCAUGGUCAAGAAUUCUUCCAAAUGGAAGUCUGAGCGGUGGAGUCAACACAGAAGGCGUCAACUACUACAAUAAUUUGAUCAAUGAAUUAUUAUUGAAAGGGGUUCAACCAUUUGUUACCAUUUUCCAUUAUGAUACACCUCAGGCACUGGAAGAUAAAUAUAAAGGAUUUCUUAGCCCUAAUAUCAUAAAUGACUAUAAGGACUAUGCUGAAAUCUGCUUCAAAGAGUUUGGUGACCGUGUGAAACAUUGGAUCACCUUCAAUGAGCCCUGGAUCUUCUGCUCUUAUGGCUAUGCAUCUGGCAUCUCGGCACCAGGCCGGUGUUCACCCUGGGAGAUGGGGAAAUGCAGUGUUGGAGAUUCAGGAAGGGAGCCCUACACUGCAUGCCAUCAUCAAUUACUUGCCCAUGCGGAAACUGUUCGGUUGUACAAAGAGAAAUAUCAGUUCACUGAUGAAGCUGUCAGGCAGUCACAGUUCAUCCCUGGUAAUGAUUUAAAUCGAAGAUCGACAAAGGCCUUACAAAGGGGGAAGAUUGGAAUAGUUGUGGAUUCACAGUGGUAUGUUCCCUUGUCCCAAUCCAAAUCCAACAAGGAUGCAGCUAGACGUGUUCUAGACUUCGUGCUUGGAUGGAUUAUGGAUCCUCUCGUUAGAGGAGACUACCCCCUAAUCAUGAGAGAAUUGGUUAAAAAUCGCUUGCCAAAGUUUACAAAAGAACAAUCUGUAAUGAUCAAGGGUGCAUUUGAUUUCAUUGGACUUAACUACUACUCUUCAAGCUAUGUCUAUAAUGUUCCUCCAUCGUAUGGCCUUAGCAACAGCUACAAUACUGAUAUCCAAGCUAAGAUUACAGGUAAGCGAAAUGGAACUCUCAUUGGUCCUCAGGCUGCUUCGCCUUGGCUUUAUAUCUACCCUCAAGGGCUCCGUGAACUGUUGCUUUAUAUUAAGGAGAACUAUGGGAAUCCUACCAUCUACAUUACUGAGAAUGGUGUUGAUGAAGUCAAUAAUAAGUCCAUGCCACUUAAGGAAGCCCUGAAGGAUGAUACCAGGAUAGAAUACUAUCACAAGCACCUUCUCGCCCUGCUAAGUGCUAUGAGGGAUGGAGCAAAUGUGAAGGGGUACUUUGCAUGGUCGCUGCUUGACAAUUUUGAGUUUACAAGCGGCUACACAGUUCGGUUUGGGAUAAACUUUGUGGAUUACAAUGAUGGGAUGAAGAGAUACCCCAAGAACUCGGCCCAUUGGUUCAAGAAGUUCCUCCAGAAAUGAAAUGAGGAUGAAAACAGUUGCACACAGUGCCUUUCUUGUUGAGCAUCGGAAUAGUAUAUAUGUUACAUGAGUUAAAUUCAUAGAUUUAGUCUAGUAAACAAAUUUCGCUCUUAAUGUUUGUCUGAAUUUAUCUCUUAACUAUAUGUACAUAACUUGGAAAUGAAUAAAAAUACAAAUGGGUACGUAUGUUUGUAUCCAAAAGGGAAUGAUCUAAUGAAAGCUAGACAUGAGAA